AUGGCGGUACCUAUCACCUUUGACCAACCACCCAACACUGCGAAUCUCCAGGGUCGCUCUGUGCUGGUUACAGGAGCCGCUUCAGGUAUCGGCCUCGCAUGCGCAACCAAGAUAGCUGAAUCUGGUGCAUACGUCACCAUUUCCGACUUGCAAGAGCAGGCCGGGCACGAACUGGUCCAUGAUCUCUCGUCGAAGGGAUACAAAGUCCAGUUCGUAGUAUGCGACGUCACGUCAUACCAAGCUCAAGUCGAAAUGUUCCAGAAAGCAGUUGAGUUCGGCAAUGGCAAGAUCGACAUCGUCAUCCCCAGUGCUGGCAUCGUAGCUGAGAAGAAUCUGUUCGACAUGGUUCCAGAAGAAGCGCCAACCCUGCAUAGCCCAUCUCCUCCAGAACCAGGCUUCUCCGGCGCGAACGUGAACUUGCAUGCUGUGUACAACACUUGCUAUCUCGCGAUGCACUACUUCCGCCUCCGGCGAGAUGGAGCGGACACGUUCAAGCCCAACAUCGUGUUCGUCGCGUCUCUCGCCGGCUACGUCGGCUUUCCUUCUAGCAGCACGUAUAGCUUGUCAAAAUUCGGCAUUCGAGGACUCUUUUACGGGAUCCGAGAUCGCGCGAGUCGAAGUGUACCUCCUGUUCGCAUCAAUCUCGUUGCUCCUUGGUACGUCGAUACGGCUAUGACACGGAAGCCCGAGUUUGUUCAAAGUGAGGCUGGCUUCCUGCUUCAGGUUAUGGGCUGUGCACCCAUGGAGCGCGUCGUGGAUGCUGUCGUACGAUUCAGCGCCGAAGAAAGUCUGCAUGGAAGGGUUGCUGGUAUCUUUCCGCAUGUAAAUGAAGAUCUGGGAGAUGACAUUGUGGGUGGUUAUGGGGGGAUAGUGCUGCAGAAGCACAUGACUAUUGUAACGAAGGAAGUUGUGAAGUUCAUGGCGGAAGCGGAGAUGCGCGGUGAUUUCCUAAGCGUAUUCAGCCAGUAUAACUUGUUAAGAAUAUAGAAGUUAAUUAUCCUUUUAGGAGACAGCAACG